AUGGCACCAGUAGUUGUGAAGUUUGAAGACAAGUACUCUGCCGCAACAGUGGCAAAGCCAACCGCUACAGAGAAAAAGCUUAGAAAAUCGGGCAAACCGCUCACAUUAGCAGAGUUGAAAAAGAAGAAAAAUGAAGCACAACAGGGGACAGCUGGCAAGGGAAAGGAGGGGACAUCUGCUGAAGAACUGAAAGAAGACAUUGAUUUGCAGAGGCUCCUUAACGAAUCGCACAUUUUGAAGAAUCUUGCAGAUGAACGUCGAAAUACAGCUUCUGGCGCAGAGCUCACAUUGAGAACCUUGGACGACCCUCUCAUUGGAAAGGCAAGAGUAAGAACUCUUGACGCAAGAAUGAACCAACUUUCCAGUAUCAACGGCGACAAGAAGAAAUUGACCCAGCUUGAGAAAAUGCCAAUGAAAAUAAGGCAAGGGAUGAUCAAAGCUCAGAAAGCGAGAAUCUUGAAGCACGAACAAGAAGCAAAGGAGAACGGCAUAGUUAUGAGCAUCAACAAAAAGGGACAGUUCCGAAAAAUUGAUAACGAUAGGGCGUUUAUUUCAAAGGAUAAGUUGAUUGGUAGGGGCCACUCACACAAAGGCAAGUCUAAAGAUAGAGGCUUGAAAAUACAAUCUGUUGGACGUAGCACCCCAAAUGGUUUGGUGCUAUCUGCCAAUGAUAUUGCCAAGAUACAAGGACCACAGACUCGCCGUAAGCGUAAGUAA